CCUAAAACAAAAAUGAAAGUAAAAAGGUUAAAAAAAGCAAAAAAACAUUUGGCUUUUUACAUUAAUAAUUAUAAAUUUCGUCAACCGUAUCAAGUGUUAGUUGAUGGAACUUUUUGUUUUACUGCUUUAGCGAAUAAAACAAAUAUUCGGGAACAAAUUCCCAAAUAUUUACAAGGAGAAGUUAAAUUAUUGACAACUUCCUGCAUUGCCAAGGAAGUUGAAAAUCUCGGGCAUACAUUUUACGGAGCGUUGACGAUAUUGAAAAAUUUUCCGUUGCACAAGUGUGAUCAUGAAAAGGCUCCAACAUCUGCUGCUAAAUGUGUCCUGUCGAUGCUUAAGGGAAAUAAUCCUUCGAGGUAUAUAGUAGCGACACAAGAUGCAGCUCUGCAAGCAAAAUUAAAAUUGAUUCCUGGAGUUCCCACGAUGUAUUUACACGGUCCGGCGCCGAUUUUAGCACCUCCUUCAGAAGAAGACAAAGGAAGCGCUGAAUUUUCAAACCAAGUGAGCGUUAAAAAUGCCGACGUAGAAAGAUUAAAACAACUGAAAGAAUCUAUGGCGAAAAAAGGAUUAUUACCACAAACUCCUCGACCAAGUCAGGAGUUAAUAAAAGUUAAGCGUAAGAAAGGCCCGAAUCCUCUGAGCUGUAAGAAGAAGCAGAAGAAACCGACUCUUACUCAACCAGCUCCAAGCUCUGGUAAAGUCAGAAAACGUCAACGAGUUAAAGUAUCAGCGCACAUUAAAGAAGCUCUUAAACAGUCGAUAAAAUAAUAAAAUAAAAUAAAAUAAAUUUAUAAGAAA